GUCUGUGGUUGUCUUGUCUGUCAGCUGUUGUUGACAUUUUUUUACAAUAGUGAUUGUUGUUCAUCACAAGCAAAAAAUCUAAUUUAAUCUUACCAAACCUAACUGGUCUUAUUUUUUAAGUAGAUAAUUAUAUACAGUAUGGAAAUGCUUUUGUUGUGAUAGUUUAUUGUAACGAAUCAUUCAGUGAAAAGAAUAAAAUAAAUUGUUCGUAACUUCAGUAUUCAGUACCUACAAUGUUUACAAUUCAUGAAGGCGAAAUUGUUGUUAAAGAAAAAUAUGGUUCAAGUCCUAACGUUAGGUAUUAUGUUAAACCUCCAGAACAAAGUAACAUAGUUGUAUUAGAUGAACAGAAGUUAAGCGAUGUUGCUGGCUGGUUCACCAAAAUUUUUUUACCACAAGGUUACCCGGAUAGUGUGAGCAAAGAUUAUAUAGCUUACCAGGUUUGGGAUACUGCACAAGCUUUUUGCAGUACUAUAACAGGCACUUUGGCCACACAGGAAGUAUUACGGGGUGUGGGAGUGGGAGACACGGCUGCGACUCCCCUGGCUGCCACUGUCACUUGGGUUAUUAAAGAUGGGUGUGGUCAUCUUGGUAAAAUAUUCUUUGCUUUCAGUCAUGGUACCUACUUGGAUGCCUACAGUAAGAAAUGGAGGUUAUAUGCUGAUACUCUCAAUGAUGCUGCAAUGUGUAUUGAAAUUGCUCUACCAUUAUUUAAAAACUAUACAACAUUCGCAUUAUGUGUGAGCACAGUAAUGAAGGCGAUUGUGGGAGUGGCAGGAGGAGCCACCAGAGCUGCCAUGACCCAGCAUCAUGCUAUAAGAGGCAAUAUGGCUGAUGUAUCUGCUAAAGACUCUGCUCAAGAAACUGCAGUAAACCUGGUAGCAUCUUUUGCAGCAUUGCUGAUCAUAACCGUUUUUGGGAACUCUCUUGCAAUAUUUCUAUUAAUGAUGGUACUACACAUAAUUUUCAACUACUUUGCUGUACGUGCUGUGUGUUUAAGAACACUAAAUGAGCCAAGAUUUCUACAAGUAGUUGAUACUUAUCUGAGGCAAGAAGUUUUACCUACACCAUGUGAAAUCAAUCGUAAAGAGCCCAUCAUAUUUUAUCAUUUGGGACCAAAUUUACUAGAUUUAAAGCUUUGUGGUUUUCAAAUACGGGUGGGAUGUUCUAUAAAGAAAUUCAUUAGUCAGCGACCCAAAGCUUCGUACAUGAUGAGUAUCAAGGAAGUUUAUAGCGAACGAAUGUAUGUACUGGUCCCGUGUAUCAACAAAAGAAAAAUGUAUGUACUUAUCAAGGAUGAUGCUACAACUGAUGACAUUUUAUGUGCAUACUUCCAUGCUGUUUUACUAUCUAUUAUCGUCUGUGCUAUAAACGAUUUCCCGUUGUCAAUGUACCACAGUAAUGGCGACUCACGUCCGUUUGCCCAAGUGUGCCAAACCUUGCAAUCUGCGGAAUGGAGCCGGGAGCCAACAGAGACUCCGGAUACAUUGAGUGGUUUUCUCUACGAGCCAACUCACGAGCUUAUAGGAUAUGUGGAUAAAAUUGUACAAACGGAAUGGCGCAGAGUCCGAGCUGGCUUAAUAACUACUGGUUGGGAUCUAAGUAAACAUCUUAUAAUGGUGGAUGAGUGGAGAGUGUGCAGCAAGAAAAUAGUGACUGAAUCGAUACCAAUGGAGAAACCAGCUGUGGGUUCACUUAUGGAAUUCGCUAAAAUCAUACCAUUUGGCGAUGUGCUCAAUGAUUUUGAUACCUGUGAGAAAGAAGACAAAGAUGCAUUUACUAUAGAACCAGAGACAUCUAUGUUGAAGCUAGUUCAAGCAUCGAAGUUGUCGGUGAAACCAAAGCUGGAGACUGUGGACGACGAAGAUGCGGAAGGUAAUGUUACCACUUCUGCAACCAAUACACAAACCAGCAGCGCUCAUCUCAAAGAAGACUGACUAAGUUUAAUAAAAAAUGACACAAAGUAUACAAGAUGAAUUUUACAAGUGUGCAUGCAUGAAUUAUGAAAUUAACGAAAUAUACUUACCUACUAAGUCGUUGAUGGUUUGUUUUUCAAAAAAUGAUUCGUAAGCAAACCCGGUGAUGCUUUAUUUUUUUAAGUUUUAUAAAACUUAUGUUCUUUUCAUAUUUCAGUCCAAUUUGAUCAUCCAUGCACACUAAAAAUUUGCCUGUACUUUUUUUUGUAAGAGCUCAUAAAAAUAUUUUAAUUAAGAAAAUUACUUUUCUUAGAAAGUAGCGUUAGUCGUCACUAGUAAAGCUAGUUGUUUAAUAAAUGAAUGUGUUAUUGAAAUGAUUAAUUAUGUAAGUAACUUGGUUGUAAUUUAGCAAUAAUCGUAUUCUAAGUAAAGUGAGUCAUGUGGUGUUUCUUGCGGGCGGAUAUAGCUCGCCUUACUAUAUCCCGCUAUCCCUCCCUGUUGGUGGUGAACUCGGUGCACUCGUGCAGGAGGCCGCAACAGCAGUUGCAGCAGCGAACGUCUAUGUGACUUCAUGCCCUCCACCUUGCCCUGCACCAUAAGGGGUACACGUUAUCACGUCCCGGGGUGUAUCCGAAGAAAUUGGGAAUACGAGCUUGCUCUAAUUUAAAUUAAUAACGUACAUAAUAUUAAUGGCGUUGUUAAGAAAAACAGAAAUUACUACUUAAAAGUACAAUCAUUUAUCUUGCCUCAGUGCAAUGUCCAAAUCAACAUUAUUUUAUCGUAAUU